GGUCUGCCAACGCAACAUCGAAAUCCCUAGGUAAAAUCGCGAGGAUAGGUCGCCGACUGGAGAAAGUCCACAUGGAAAAAUGGUGGCUAGUCGAGUAGGGUUUGCAUUACAGCGGACAGUUCAACAACAGUAAAUAUUGAUAUUGCAGUCUACAUACGUUGAAGAUACACACAACGACAAAGUCAACGGAGUCAGUUGUUUUAGGGACCGCUGAUUUUGCAGUUGAGCUUCCAGCUGGUGCAGCUGGGUGACUUCACACGGACCUGAGUCAGGUGGAGGCGGAGCCACUUAAACCAGAAAUGUCGGAGAAGGUGCAGAAGGCCUUCAGGGUGCAGCUGUCCUCUGUCAUGGACUCCCUGCUCACAGCUGCCGUGCUUGAGAUUGCCAAGAUCUUUGAGGGCAGUCUGAAUGAGCAGCAGGAGGAGUUGACACAGAAAGGAGACGAGAUCUCUGCAUUGAUGGAGAAGCUGAAGCAGGCAGAGAAGAGGUUGAAGGAGGGAACAAAAGGAGGAGAGGACCCGGACAAUACCUCUGGACAAACAGUCUCUUCCGUGACGACAAUUUCUGAGAUGGAAGUAUCCGAUUGGUGCGAGCCCCUUCAGUCAGAAGAUUCCUUAAUUCCGCCCUCAAAUUUCAAAAAGGAAAAUGAGUGGUCAUGUGUGGACCUGCGACCACUGAGUGUGUCUCUAUGGCGCAUCCCUAACAUCAAAAUAGAGCAGGCUGAAGAUUUUGAUAACCACCUGCUGACUGCUCUAGCCAGGAGUCCUCCACGAAAAGGGUUGGCUGCAGAGUGGUUGUUAAACAGACGGCAAAGAGACUUACCUGAACUGAGUGCGACCGGGUCAGGGUACGGUCAUGUUUCAGUGGGACGCGGUCGGGGCCAGGGGCUGAGGAAGACCCAUGGUCGUCUGCUGCACAUGUUCGAACAAGAAAACCCGGAACCCCAGAGCAACCCGGAACCCCAGAGCAACCCGGAACCCCAGAGCAACCCGGAACCCCAGAGCAACCCGGAACCCCAGAGCAACAACAUAUCAAACAACAAUGUCUCAAGUCACCACACAAGACAAGGACAAGAUGGUGACUUACAGAACAAACACAGUGAGGGGAGUCAUGGGAAAAUGAGUGACAUAGUGAAGAAGGUAGGAAGGAGAAGAAAGCAUUUCAAAAUGGAACCCGAUGCGGAUGGACAAGCGGUAAUCACUGCAACUGACAAGAGUUUCAGAUGCAAAUACUGUGGGAAGGGCUUUGGCCGUGAGUUUGGUCUUUCUGUGCACAUGAGGUCUCAUAAAAAGGUGAAAAUCAAGGGGACAUACAAAUGUCCUAAGUGUUCCAAAAAGUUUCAGUACCCAAGUGCUCUUAGUGUGCACACGCGGGACAUCCACGAGAAGAGCAUACCUUGCUCCAGCGUCAAAGACAUUUCAGACUCGGUCAAGCACAAUGUGAAACCCCUCUCCCCCAGCAGAGCCAAGCCUACUUCCUGUGACAACAAACCUCUCUCUGCCAGCAAGGCUAAACCUCUCUCCCCGAAAGACAAACCUGUGUCCCCAAACAAUAAAGCUGACACACCCAAAGAAAGCGGCACACAUCCAAAAGUGUAUUCUUGUUACGUUUGCCAUAAGAAAUACACUUCUGCACAUUCCCUGCGGGACCAUGUGCGUAUUCACACAGGUGAGAGGCCAUACCCUUGUAACCAGUGUGGACAGAGGUUCCGUGUAAAGCAGUUCCUGAUAUUACACUUGCGUAAAGCCCAUGUGGAUGUGUAUGGGGGUGAGGAGAGCAGCGGAGACCUCUCCUGGACUGCACCUAUUGAGGAACCCAUGGCAAACGGUGCAGAGCAGCAACCUGCCAUCGAGUCAAAAGGCAAAGAUGAUCGACGAGUAAACCUCAAACGGAAGCAAAUGACAGAAACAGACGGCCUGUUCCAAUGCACAGUGUGUAAAAUGCUGCUAAAUUCACAGAUUAGCCUCGUUCAACACUUCCACAUCCAUACAGUUGAGAAACCACUGAGCUGCGAAGUGUGGCAAAACAUUCCACUACCAUCCCGUCUUGAUCAGCCACUUGAGGUCCACCCAACCGGGAAAGAAGUACUUGUGCCUGAAGUGUGUGAAGCAAUUAGAGACAAUGGCAGAACUUAAGAUAUUUGCAACAAGUUCACCAGUUCAAGAAACAGAACCCGCUGUCCUCGCUGUAGCGGGACUUUCCACAACAGUAAUGACCUUUUAGGAUCCACUAUGAAACUGUCCAUGCCUGAGUAUUCAGUAGGGCCGGGGGUCAACUCCAAUUACAUUCAGGAGAUACAUUUGUUACGUUUUUGUAAUCAUUGACUGAGGAAAAAGGAAUUGACCCCAACCCUGGUGCACCGUGAACUAACAUGAUGCUGAGAGAGGAUGAAGAAAGAGAACUCAACUUGUUUGGUGAUCAGUCAGUUGUCUUGUGGGCAGCAGGUUCUCAGCUGAUCACUUUUUUAAAAAAGUCCGUGCCAGACUGGUUUAUGAUGAUUUUUAUUUUAAAAGUCUUGGGGGUUUUUGUUUGAUGUUUUUGUUCUAUGUAAAUGUGUCUAUUGAUUUUAUAUUCUGUAUUAUGACAAAUGUAACAUGAAUUGUACUGUAUAUUCCCCCUGUUAAGAAAGUCACAGGGCAGAGAAGACCCAUGUUUAUCUCUUCUGAUGAUAUACAUUUGCUCCAACUGCUUUUUUAAAAAACAAAUAAAAUCGGACAUUACCGGA